UCAUGGCAGCAAAAGAUUUUGCUUUCCUCAACAAAAAAUCAGAGGGGACAACUUUACAGUUGUAGUAUUGUCUCUGACUCUCUCGCUCUCUUUCCAGCCUGCUCUCUCUUCUCCCCCUCUGCCUGUUCGUAUUUACUCUAUCUACCUCUGGAAGGCGGGCAGUAGAGAAAGGUGCAUUUCCAGAAACGAGGUGCUCUACAGCGGCCCCAUUAUCUCUGCUCAAAAUGUACAGCUUCAUGGGAGGGGGUCUGUUCUGUGCCAUAGUGGGUAAUAUCCUGUUAGUGGUCUCCACUGCCACGGACUACUGGAUGCAGUAUCGACUCUCUGGAAAUUAUGCCCACCAGGGUCUCUGGAGGUACUGCAUGUCCAACAAGUGCUACAUGCAGACCGACAGCAUAGCUUACUGGAAUGCCACCAGGGCCUUCAUGAUCCUUUCAGGGAUGUCGUGCUUUGCAGGCAUCAUUGCUGGCAUCAUGUCCUUUGCGCACUUUUCCUCCUUUGAAAGGUUCAACCGCUCCUUUGCCGCAGGAAUCAUGUUUUUCGUCUCAACUUUCUUUGUUCUCCUGGCGAUGGCCAUCUACACUGGGGUGACAAUCAACUUCCUGGGAAAGCGAUUCGGUGACUGGCGUUUCUCUUGGUCAUAUAUACUCGGCUGGGUGGCGAUGCUCAUGACCUUCUUUGCAGGUAUUUUCUACAUAUGUGCCUACAGAAUGUGUGAAUGCAGGAGAGGAACCGGACCACGCUAGAGCGAGACAGGCAGCUUGUUUGAGAAAAUAAAGACAUGCUGCCUCUUCGAAUACACGAAAGGCAGAAAGGUGGCCUUGACUGAUCUACUGAAGAGAUUAUGUCUUAUACCGAUGCUGGAGGUCUUUGAUGGUCUGUUUAGCAUGUUUUUAAAAAGUCACUGCAGUACAGACUUUCUUUUAGUCACAGUAACAAUAUAGAGGACAAACGAAACUAAUAAAGCUAUAACAUGA